GGUAAUCAUGUGUUCGAGGAACUGGAGGCCUUGUGAAUGUGUUAAAGCCGAGCAUGGAGACCAUAGGACGUGUGACAUUACAAAAAACCCUCGCGAACCAGCGGCGUGGGAGGAAAAGGUGUUCGUUAGUGUGUCUCCAGGUGACCAGCGCCCUAACCCUCCCCUCCCCCACCCUGGACCCCGCCCACGUCCACGCGCCGCCCACACCAUCACCCGUCUGUACCGCCCUCUACAUGGCAGCGAUGGGUGGUGCGUGCCUGUCGCCUUCUCGCUGUGUCGUGCAGUGCCUGCUGGUGGCCGGGGCCGUGCUGGGGGUCGCGUCUUCUCAGUUCCCUCCUUCCUCCACACACCGGCCUUUCUCCUUCCCGCCACCUGCCUCCACGUCGCCUUACACGACCACCACGUCCUCUGCUUGCAUCAGUCAUGACGACGUUGUACUUUCCCCUAAAAAUCUACUACGUUCGUAUUCUCUUCCUAUGCGAGUACUUCUAUUCUGUCCGCUACGGCUCUUAUGAUGGAGUGACGGACGCUGUGAUGCCCUACGGGAACUCCACCGUCACCGUGAUCAGUGAGGAGGUCUUCGUCAAUCUGUGUGUCAAGCACUACAACCACAGGCCCGGCCGGUGUGCCGAGAAGCGGUUCAUGACUGAUUGCCUGUUUGAUGAUGUCGUCUUCCUCCACGGCCACGGCUGCUCCAGACCCUCGCCGCAGGACGCUUACUUCGACCAGCUCCUGGCGAGCACACUGCUGGAGGAGGAUGAGCUGUGCUUCAGGGCUGUGUGCAGCGGCGAGGUGCGUGCGGUGAGGCAGGAGUUUGAGGGCCACACUGUUCAUCUUUUCAGUCCAGUGACUCAACACAGUGCCUGUCAUAAGUAUUUGUUGUUGUUUUAUCCAAAAGAAAAGGAUAAUCGUACACUGACUGUCUUACAAAAUGUGCAGUGGCCCUUCUGUUUCGCCGGCUACGACGUGGUGUGGUCACGCGAGCCUGGUAAUGGAGGUGGUGACGGGGAGGUGAUCCAGGCCUGGAGCUACCUGCCGCUUCACUGCCGCAUCACGGAGCAAGUCAUGGCUGCAGUGAUGGCGCUGGUGGUGGUGGGCGGCGUGGUGGGAAACAUGCUGGUGCUGAUAGCAUCUGCUUGGCGCAGACACCAGCAAGACCACACCGGGUUGCUGUGCAUGUCACUGGCAACAGCAGAGCUGUUGGUAGGUGUGUUUGUCCUCGCGCCCGGUCUUUACGCCCACCUCAGGGCCAUGCACGGCGCGGUAGACAAGGAACAGGUGUCUUUUGGCGGCUCCAGCAGCUCCAACGCCCAGGUGUUGCUCGGUGUGGGCGUGGAACAGCUAGAGGAGGCAUUCCUUGUGUUAUCAGCCCACGCGCUGAACAUGGGCUGCAUGGUCUCCCUGCCCACCGUGCUACUCCUGACCCUGGAGCGGUGCCUUGCCCUCAGAGGCAGAUCCCUUCAAGAAGAACUGACGAUGGGCCGCACUCUGUGCUUCGUGGUGGCGAGUUGGUCACUCAGCGUACUGAUGAGCGUGGUGCUGGUGUAUGGCGGUGGUUCUUUCUGGUACUCCUUCUACAAGCUGCCUCUCUCCAUUCCUCCAGGGGAACUAGGGUUAAUACUUGCAGGGACGGCAGCCGUGAUGGCGUUGCUGAGCGGAGUCACUAUCGUGGUGUCCUUUGUGGCUGUGUGGAGGAAGUUUAGGGGCGGGGCGGUGGGAGGCACUCAUCGCCACGCCGUGCCGACACGAGAACUGCUGACGGCCGUCCUGCAUCUGGUGUCGGCGGGCGCUGCGGCCUCAGCCUUGCUGUUGGGCCUAACUGGUAUUCCCAGCCCCCACCUGGAGGGGACUCGCUCGCUGUGCUGGUGGGGCUUCAUGUUCUUCACCUGCUGGCACCCGUGGCUCCUCAGUCUGCCCCGCCCCCACUACCGGAAGGCGGCGAUGGCACUGGUGGGCAGGUGUCGGCGUUCGUGGCUAGGUGGCACCCCAGCGCCUGGCUCUGUAGCCCCCUCGCCGCCGCCGUCACCCCGUCCUCCACCACGCCCUGGCCCCAAGUUGGCCCCGGGCAUUCGGCACCGCUUCCUGCCUGGAGUGAGAUAUUACAAAUAGUGACACACACCACUGACACCACCACCACCACCACCACCACCACCACCACCACCACCAACAACAACAACAACAACGACAACACCACCAACAGUCAUCACCAUCAUCGUCAGCAGCAGCAGCUGAACUCGUAUUUUCCCACCAGUGUCUCCUGCAAAAAGAAAAAAAAAAUGCUAAGACUGAAUAAAUUUUCCAAUUAA